ACAGUAGAUUGUUUAGGAGGAUUUAGUAGAUUUGAUGCUUGAGAAUUAGCUUAGUGACAAGCUAGUCAAGACAGUGAGAAGAGGUAAUUAGCUUGGUAACUGGUUUCAUCUCUGGACCCUUUUUACUCUGUUGUUUUUGAGUUCUACGCCACAAUGCCUAUAAAUGGCAAUAAAGCCCUCAAGCUUCAGUUUGGGCUGAUUAAUUAUGAAAAUCGCUACCUGACAGCAGAGGCUUUUGGAUUCAAAGUGAAUGCUUCAGCUCCAAGUCUCAAGAAGAAGCAGAUCUGGACACUUGAGCAAGAUGAGACUGAUGGCCAAGUGGUGUAUUUACAGAGCCACCUGGGCCGCUACCUGGCUUCUGACAAAGAUGGCAAGGUGAGUUGUGAUGCUGAGACACGAGAGAAUGUCUGCAGGUUCAUAAUUGUGGCGCAGUCAGAUGGCCGCUGGGCCUUGCAGUCUGAGCCACACCUGCGCUUCUUUGGAGGGUCAAAAGACCACCUGUCCUGCUUUGCUCAGACCAUUGGUGAACCAGAGCUCUGGACUAUGCACCUGGCCCUUCACCCACAAGCCAACCUGCUAAGUGUAGCCCGCAAGCGUUAUGCUCAUCUGUCUGCACCUGACAGUGAAAUCGCUGUGGACAGCAACAUUCCAUGGGGUGUUGAUGCUCUUCUAACUCUGGUUUAUGUGGAUGGCAAAUACUGCCUAAAGACCAGUGAUAGCCGCUUCUUAAGCAAUGAUGGGAAACUGUUGUUUGAAAAUGGCCGUGGAACUGUAUACACAUUGGAGCUGAAAUCGGGCAAGUUAGCCUUUAAGGACUGUGAAGGAAAGUACUUGAGCCCAAUGGGACCAACAGGUACCUUACGAUCAGGACGCUGCUCCAAACCAGGCAAGGACGAGUUGUUUGACCUAGAGGAGAGUCAUCCACAGGUGGUGUUUCAAGCAGCCAAUAAUAGAUUUGUCUCCAUUCGACAAGGGGUGAACAUCUCGGCAAAUCAGGAUGAUGAAACAGACAUGGAGACUUUUCAAAUGGAGAUUGAUAAAGAAAGCAAAAAGUGCAAGUUCAGGACAAAUGAAGGCAACUACUGGACGCUUGUAGCUCAUGGAGGCAUCCAGUCCACAGCCAAAGAAGUAAGUGCCAACACCAUGUUUGAUAUUGUGUGGCUUGGACGACGUGUGGCACUGCAAGCUAGCAAUGGGAAAUAUGUGUGCACCAAAAAGAAUGGACAACUUGCUGCAGUUAGCGACUCUAUAGGCGAGGAUGAACAGUUGAUUUUGAAGCUGAUCAAUAGGCCCAUCCUAAUUCUCCGGGGAGAGAAUGGAUAUGUGUGCCAUCACAAAAACUCGAACACACUAGAUGCAAACCGCUCAGUUUAUGACAUCUUCACAUUACAAUUCAGUGAUGGGGCAUACCAUGUUAAAGGUGCAGGAGGGCGGUUCUGGUAUGUGUCCAGCACUGGCUUGGUUUGUUCAGAUGGAGACACACCUGAAGACUUCUGCUUUGAGUUCUUAGAGCAUGGCCGCAUUGGAAUAAAGGGCAAAAAUGGCAAGUACCUGCGUGGAGACCAGGGGGGCACACUGAAAUGUGAUGGAGAAACUGCAGAUAGCUCAUCUCUCUGGGAAUAUUGACACCUAGUGGUCAUUUUAAGGACGUUUCCAUCUCCUGCCUCUCAAAAACCUUGUUAUGGGUUAUCAUGGGGCUCAGGGGGCAUGGUAUUUUUGAACAUGGAUUGUUGGAGAAAUACACGUGUGGGUUAAACAGAUGUUUUCUUUGUAUAUUAGCAUAUGUCAGUACUUUCUCAAUAGCUAUUCAGAUUUUGAACGUGAUAGUAAACCAAAGACUUUUAACUUGAAAGGUUUUUAAGUUCUGAAUAUUUCUUAAAGUAUUAAGUUAUGUAGCUUAAUGUAGCUUUUACCCUAUAUUUACACACUACAUCUUGUUGAUUUUUAGCAUUGUUUAAUAAUUACCUUUCCCAAAAUUUUGUACAGUCUUAAAAUCUUAAAAAGUCCUAACUUGGUAUCUGCCAAAGGGCCUUAACCAAUGUUGUUCUUUCUGAUCACUUCCUCCACAGGCUUAUUUGCUUUAUUCAUUCUUUUAUUCUUGCCAAUCCUUAAAGAAGGGGUAGUUUAAGUACUGCAGCUGCAGAGUGCUGCAUUUGUAAUAUUUGUACUUAUGGAGUGUGGCACUCACACAAAAAUGGUUUCAUUAAAAGGCUUGUCAUAUUUUUACUAAAAACAUCAUGAUGAAACUGCUGCAGAUAAAAUUCAGAAUGAUUACUUCCAUCAACCAUCUGGUGUAUUCAAGAUUUCUGUAACUGUAUGUCAUCUCUGUUUUUCCUCUCAGAUUAGGUAAGAAUAAAAAAAACUCUCUCUGUGACUGGAGUGAAUUUCAUAAGUUAGUACAAUUUGGCAACUUAAUGUAGCUUUAAGAUAAUGAAGAUUAAAAUAUAACUUUAAAAAAGUUUAUAUUAUUAAACUAUGACUCUUAUUAAAAUGUUUUUCCAACUAAAAAUUUCUCAGUCAAAUAUUA